AUGGUCGGUGCACUUGUUCGUGCAGCGCUGCUACGCAGCGCGGAUGCCAAGGGCCACGGGGUGUGGAAAUUCUGCGAGUUCUUCGCAGGAGAGGCGCAGGUGAGCCGUGCGCUACAUGAUGCUCAGCAACCUGGGGUCAGCUUUGACAUCAAGUAUCAGGGCGGCAGCAGGGCAAUGGACAUUAUGCUGGCUAUGCUGGGUGUGCUGCGCAUGGAUACCAACUCGUUGGCAGUCCUGGCUCCUGUGUGCUCAUCAUUUACAUUUAUGUGUGUGAGCCAAUCUGGGCGCAGCUUUGAAAACCCGGCUGGCCGCUGUCAUGAUGUGCCUUGGGUUGCGCUGAGCAACAAAAUGGCGGCUCGGAGCCUCUGA